AUGGCCAAGGACGAGAAGAGAGAGAAGAGGGAGGACAAGAAGCACAAGGAGAAGUCGUCGUCCCGCAGUGGCAAGAAGAGCAGCAGGAGGGGCUCGAGCUCGCGCUCAAUCAUGAACCAUGGCAAUGAGACGACAACCUCAUUCUUCUCGACCCUCUCGACCCUGCCCUCAGCCUGGGAUGAGGCCGAAGACGAUUAUGAAGAGCCAUCAUACGGUUAUUCACGCGUCCAGCGCACCAGCCCUGUUGUUUUCUGGAGAGUCGGCGCCGUCGCUGGCGCUGCCGCCGUCGGGCUCGGAGCCUUCGGAGCCCAAGGCCUCAAGCACCUUCGCAUCACGAAUGCUGCGAAAAUCGCAACCUGGUCCGCCGCCGCAUAUUACCAGCUUGUCCAUUCUGUCGCCCUCCUCAUCGCCCGCAAGAACCCCAUCGCUUCUGGCUUCUUCACCACCGGCAUGAUGCUGUUCAGCGGUAGUCUCUACGCCCUUGUCAUCAAGCCCGAACUCAAGUUCCUCAAUCAUGUCACGCCAGUUGGCGGUGGCUGCCUCGUUGCUGGCUGGCUCGCGCUCGGUCUCUCCAAGGGCCGCAUCGGAUUCGACUAA